ACAUCAUGUGAUCCAUACUUCCUAGUCCGGGGGUCUGGCAACAGUUCGCUAUUUCGGCGUUGAGUAGCGUUGCCAAGUGUAUGCGUUUACUUUUUCUACUUUUAAAACUAUUUCCAAAACCAGACAUGGCGGCGCUUAGUUUUGUAAUUCCCAUGUCGGUAAUGACUCUGUUUUGGGGGAUUAUUGGUGGAGUUGUGCCGUGGUUUAUCCCCAAAGGACCGAACAGAGGAGUGAUAGUUACCAUGUUGGUGCUAACUGCUGUCUGCUGCUACCUGUUCUGGCUGAUAGCGAUCCUGGCCCAGCUCAACCCUCUGUUUGGACCAUCUCUAAAGAACGAUACCAUCUGGUACAUGUACUACCACCGGCCCUAGUCAACCAGUCUACCAGUCCUCAACCCCUCUCCUACUACAGGGGAGGACCUGACUCACUGCUGUACACCAAUGAAGCCCUCACUCGAUCACCUCCUCACAAAGGGAACCAUUCUUGUACAGCUUAAGCCUUAACCCAGCCUUUGACACCUGACCUUGGUGAGAGUGGAGAGAUGCCUGCAAAGAUGAUUUGUACAAACGGAUCCCCAAAAGGACUUUCCUAGAGAAAUCCUCUUUAGUGCUUUAAGAAUAAAGUAUCAACCUUUGAUUUGUAUGGUAUGUUCUGUGCGAUGUGCUGUAUGACAUGUUGAUUCUCUAACAUUGAUAUAUGAUCUUGUCAAGGCAUGUUGCUAGGUAACCUAGUCCAUUUAUAGAUGCUAACUACCUUUCGCGCUUAUUGACGAUAGUAUCUUCUGGCCAUGGGAGUUUUGUUGCUCUAAACGUUAACACGCAUCACUUUUAUAGGUUAGGGUUCCCACACUGCCAUUUUUCCAUGUUACAGCGUUUUGUUUAUGGGAAAAAAGACAGGAAGAGAGAAGCGACUACAUGCUAAUUAGCUACCUGUGAUUGUGUCUCCAAACACCUGUGUGUAAACGGAAGAAAGACGCCGCAAAUGUGUCACUGAAAGAUACUGUCAGAUGCAACUGUGUUAAAUCAGUGCAGUAAGUAUAUGUUUUGCAUUUUUUUGAAAUUAUUUUGAUGUGGUUUGAAAGUAGAGGGCUUGUCUAGAACUGUACCACAAUGGAGAAUCGAUUCAUGUUUAGAUGGAGUAUUUGUCUGUUUUGGCUGCCAGAGCUAAUUCCCCUCUAAACAGUGACAUUAGGCUCCUUUAGUCCAUUAUUGGACUCUCCGUACCCCAUAAAUUAAUAUGUAUGUUGCAUGUAAUGCAGCCUCUUUUUUUUUUAUUCCAUGUGUUCUUUAUUGUGUCUGUGUGAUGGCAUUCAUUAUUGUCCUUAGAAAUGUUAGAUAUUAAACGCCAUCAAUCAA